AUGUGUUUGUUUUUCGUUGUUCAGGAUCAGCUGUUACAAGCGCAGCGAAAUCAGGACCUUAUUGAAGAAGAGGAAUAUUAUGAUUCGGUAAGUGUUAAAAUCGCCUAUUCUGCUCGAAACACUGCCGGUAGAAUUUAUCCAAAUCUAAUGUAAAUCUUUCCAUGUGUAUUCUCGGUUAAUUUUUUUUUACUGCAUUCCUCUUUGCUUUCAGUCGAUUCUGAUCUCAUCUGCCUUCCUUUUAACUAUAGUGAUAAUUUUAUUUUCAGAUAAAAGAGAACCACCGCCAGGAAGAAAAAGCGCUCAACGAUUUCUCCGAUUAUGUCAAUCGAACGUCUGACUACACAGUUCUC